AUGGCUUCUAUUGAUGAUGAAAGUGGUUCGUCUAGUAAGAAAACAGUUGGUAAACAUGGUGUGACCCGAUUGCAAAAAAUUCACAAAGCCAAAAGCAAUGGAAAGAGAAUUGAGGUUCAAUGGAAUUCCAGAGGUCAACCAAUCAAGCAUAAUAGCAAGACUUUUGCUAGUUUCAUUGGUGUCACAGUUCGUCGAUGCGGUGCCUCCACAGGUGAUCCUUCAGGCCUUUCCAGCAACACCCUUCAUAGAAUUGAAAGGCAGCCUUCUUCCUCUGAAUCGAAGCCCUCCCUUUCUCCCUGCAAUCAAAGUUUACCCAUAUCCUAUCCAAAGCCAAUCAAAGGAGGCAGGAAAGGGUGA